UACAUGACUCGGACUCUGGAAUCCUAACCUCCCAAACUUGCGACUGUAAAUAUUGAAAGGUUAAAUUUUUCUCAUCUCUGAAACUAGCACGAUGAAUUCUUUAGCGAAAAUUUCGCGGAGGAAAUUCCAGGAGCUGAUGGUACGAUUACAAUCGACAACUGCAACAUCAUCUUCCUCAGAGAUUCAUAUUCCAAACAGGAUAGAACGUGGCCCGACAGAUAUUCUCAAGGCUCUGGAAAGUACAAUAUCUAGAGAUUAUACAGCACCACAUUAUAAAUUUCAUGAUGACCCUUAUUUAAUGCCACUGUCAACAAUGCAAAGUCGCUCGUACGCCUUGGCGAAAGAAUCUGGAAAGAAAGCUGCAAUGUGGAUUCGUCAGGAACAUCGCGAUCUGUUUCAACAUAAAGUAGCAGAUCCUGAAAUUAAGGCAUUUGUGCCGCCUCCCAUUUACACAGAGAAAAGUAAAGUGACGGAAGAAACAUUAUUAUACGAGAUAUCAAAUGGUCACAUUCCCAACUCUACCACGAUAUAUGAUUUGUUAGGGGGUGAGGUAACAAUACCGACGAAACAGGCAUUCUUAGAAUUGUUAUGCUUUUACAAUAACAUUGAACCUACUAGCGAUGAAUUGCUGGAGAGUCAUUGGUAUAAAUUAAAUCAAAAACGUAACAAAUAUACUUGGAUAAAUUAUCCACAUAUCGAUGUAUUGUUUGAAUUUCUAAAGAAACAAGAACCCAAAGUAGCAGCUGCUGCAUAUACCACGAUGAUAUGUGGUUUGAUUAAAUUUUUUAACUUGGAAAAGGCUUGGCACUUGUAUGAUGAAAGCCAAAAAGAAAAUAUACCGUUAGCCAUCAAUGGAUACAAUGCUAUGAUCUCGAUGUUAUCAAAAUUAAAGCGAGGAGACGAUAAAUCAAAAUCAUCGGUAAAAGAUAUAUACAGAACAAUGGCGGCGAACGGGGUUACUCCAAAUAUACACACGUUUAAUGCCGCCCUCAACGUAGCAGUUGUUAUGCAAAACAAUCAAGUAGCUUUAGAUUUUACACGUAACAUACUCGCUGAUAUCACAAAAUUCAAACUAAAGCCAUCGUUAACUACUUAUUAUUAUGUAUUAAAAAUUUUAAGUAAAUUCGGUGAUGCGGCAUACAAUAGCUUUAUACAAAUUUUAAGAUCUUUGAAAGAGGAAAGUCUUACCAUUCAAAAUGAGAGAGAUUUAGAUUUUUUCGUUACAGCGAUGGAAAUGGCAUCUCAACAGUUUUGUGAUCGUCAAGCGGGCGAAAUGGUGAACGAGCUUCUCCUCUCCGGUGAAAAUUACAAAUUUAUCGGGGACAAUUUUAAAGAGCACACUUAUUACCGAAUGUAUUUGGAGUUAAUUUUGGCAACAGAAGAAUUCGACACAUUCUUCAAGCUUUAUAACAGGCUUGUACCGCACGUGACUAUACCGGAACCUGCUGUGAUGAGUGCUAUAUUGGAAGCUCUUCAAUUACAUCCCGCGGAGACUGCCACGCAAUAUAUACCAAAACUCUGGUCGCACAUGAUUAUGUUCGGUCAUCUGGACAGGGAACAGUUAUUAGAGAACAUAUUGCACUUGAUGAGCGUACAUUGUAAACCCGCGCCCGAUUCUCCAUUAAACGCGCAAUUUGCGGGAAUGGCGCUCACUAUCUGGGAUCAUAUACAAGCUCAGAAUAGAAGAAAGAUACAACACACGUUAGUAUCCAAUACGCAGAUGGCCAAUAUCAUAAUAUUGUUAUUACGUGGAAAUAAUUUCGAUAAAACAGUCGAAAUUAUAUCUUCAAUGAUUCAUUCACCGCAUUUAAUAAAAAGUAACCUGACGACAGAACACAUAAACGAAAUAUUCGAAUUAUGUUUGACGCAAGCAUACGUACCAACGAUUUUCGCGCUCUUGGAAUAUGUCACUUUUCAUAAUCUAGAAGGAGCCGGGGAAAUGGCUAGAAAGUUACAUAAAACUGUUUCCCUUACCGCCACCCAGGAGAAUAUGUUAAUUAGCUUAAUGGGUAACGAUAUUCUGCAAGUGCAGUCUUCUGAUGAGAAUUAAUUCUUCGAAAUAAAGUUCUUAUUAAUAUUAUAUAUUAUUAAUGCAAAUAAACGUAUAUAAUAUAGUAUAUAAUAUAG